UCUGUGGGCCCCAGAACUGCUGCCUUCAGUGACACAGCCAGGUUCAGUCCACCCCUCCGGCCCCCGCCACUUACCAGUGUCAGUGACUGAUCUGCUUAAUGAGACAAAGGUCCAUGUCAAUGGGGCAGUCACCUGUUCUCCCAGGGAGAGGGAAGAAGAUAAAAAGGGACAGGGGAGAGACUGGAAGGGGCAGCGGGAGCAACAAGUGGAGAGGAGGAUCCCAGCUCUGCCCAGAUCCAUUUCCUGCAUCCACCUGAGCAAACUGACUCUCCUGGAAACAAGGGGAGGAGCUGAGAGACGAAAAGCCAGUUGUUCACUCUGCUGAGCACCGCACUACUUAGGGAGAAGGGGGAGAGCUAGAGGGGGUUAUAAUACACUGUGGGGCAGUACCCUGAAGUGACUCCUUUGAUUUUGCUCUUUUUCCAGCAUUUCACUCAGAGAUGCUGUUACGGGGAAGUUUAAAAAGGUCCCUGGAGGGUUUAGUUCUGCUGGUAGGGGCCUGGCCUGUGUGGUAAUAAACUAACUGGGUUUGUUCCCAGCAUGGCAGACCCCAGAGCGUCUAUCUGCAGGAAGAGAGCCUGGGGGAAAUCAGGGUGUGACUUGGACUCAAGCCCCUUCUGUAACCUCCCAAAUUGCCCCUUUCAUCGUGACAGUUUGAAGAAACACAUCUAGAUUUCUCUCCAGAUCAUCCCAUCUUCCAGGGGACAGGGAAGGGAAAUGGCUGUGAUGGAGCCAGCUCAGAUGCCGGUGACCUUCGUGGAGGUGGCUGUGUAUUUCACCCAGGGGCAGGGGGCCCUUCUGGGCCCUGGUCAGGGACGUCAUGCAGAAUUGUGAAACUGUGACCUUGCUGGCAGAGCGGCAUGGCCCGCACUGCCAGUCUGCUGGUACCUGUCCGAUGAGGGGAAAACCCAGUUGUAAGGGAUCAUGGAGCACCAGGGAUCCGCUUCGGAGAAGGAAAAAUUAAAGAUGGCAGCCGAUGGGAUGGUGAGUGAAAACAAGGAGGAGAAUUCACUGCAGGAAGGUCCUGAGCAAUGGGAAGCACAGGGGAUAUUACUGGAAAGAUCCAAAGGGAAUUUUGGACAGAGCUGUGAGUGUGGGAAAGCCUGUGGAAAUCAGUGCAGAUCAGAGAGGCAGCUGGGAAACCAGCCAGAGAAAGAAGUGGGUAGGUUUAAUGUGGCGGAGGAUGCAAGGAACUCAGCAAAACAACAGCCCAGUGGAGAAGCAACAUGGCAAAGAGAAAAAAACACGUGUGCCGAGUGUGGGAAAAGCUUCAGUCGGCGCUCUCACCUUAUUUCCCAUAGAAGAAUCCACACGGGCGAGAAACCCUAUAAAUGCCUGGUCUGUGGGAAAAGCUUCAAUCAGAGCUCAAACCUUAUUUCACACAGAAGAAUACACACAGGAGAGAAGCCCUAUAAAUGCCUCAUCUGUGAGAAAAGCUUCAUUCAGAGCUCACAACUCAACAGACAUGAGAGAACGCACACGGGAGAGAAACCCUAUAAAUGCGUUGAAUGCGGGAAAGCUUCAUUCAGAGCUCGGAUCUUAUUUCCAUCAGAAAAGCCACACAGGAGACAGACCCUACAAAUGCUCCUACUGUGGGGAAAGUUUUGAUCGGAGAACACAACUUAUUAUCCAUCAGAGAAUCCAUUCAGGAGAGAAACCUUACAAAUGCCUCAUCUGUUGGAAAAGCUUCAAUCAGAGCUCCAACCUUAUUUCACACCAGCGAAUCCAUACGGGAGAGAGACCGUAUAAAUGCUCUGACUGUGGGAAAAGAUUCAAUCGGAGCUCGCACCUUAUGCGACACAAGAGAACCCACAUGGGAGAUAAAUCCUAUCAAUGUCCAGAGUGUGGGAAAAGUUUCAACCAGUACUCAGAUCUUAUUACGCAUCAGAGAGUCCACACAGGAGAAAGACCCUAUAAAUGCCUGGACUGUGGGAAAAGUUUUGAUUGGCACUCACAACUGGUUAUACACCAGAGAAGUCACACUGGAGAGAAUCCUUAUAAAUGUGUGGACUGCGGGAAAAGUUUCAGUCGGAGCUCAAACCUUGUUACACACCAGAGAAUCCACACAGGCGAACGCCCUUUUAAAUGCCUUGAUUGCGGGAAAAGAUUCUGUCAGAGCUCAGAUCUUUUUUCACAUCAGAGAACCCACACUGGAGAGAGACCCUAUAAGUGCUUGGACUGUGGGAAAAGGUUUAGCGACAGCUCGACCCUCAUUAAACAUAGGCGAAUCCACACUGGAGAAAACCCUAUAUGUGCCAGGUCUGUGGGAAAAGCUUCAGUCAAAGCUCCACCCAUACUCGACAUCAGAAACUCCACAGGGGAGAAAAACCUUGAAUGUGGGAGAAGGAUCUUUCAGGGCACAAGUAUUCUGAGGCACCAGCAAAUCCACACAGGGAAGAGUCCUCUUACAUCUCUAUAGCACGUCAAAUUCCACAAGCGGAGCUCACACCAUACUGGACAUCAGAGACUCCUGCACACAGGAGAGAAAUUCUACCAGGGCACAGUCAAGAGACCAGACAUUUCCUAUUUCCUGCACACAUCAGGGGUGUUUGGCCCCCAAGUAUCCAGCUGCCCAUGUCUGGGGUGAGGACCCAGCAGCAGCCAAUUGUGAGCAUAUCAGUUACACUUCCCCGUUCAUUAACAAACUGAGUUUUACACUCAUCUACUCCCCCCCUCGGGAUCAGAUUGUCUCAUCCCCGUUAUUCUCAUGUUGCUGCGGUUGUUGUUUUUGUUGUGGGGGUUUAGUACCUUCCUAAAAUAUGAUGGAUAGAGUGAGA